GGCUCAAAGUGAUCAGUGGGACAGGAACCAAAGUUAAGUGCCUCGUGAUGUGUCAAGAAGAACUUAGGAAAACUGUGAGCUGUUGACCGGACUGCUUCUCAGAAUCUGCUGGUACUUCUUUCUGUCUCUGGUUUUAAAAGUUCCCCAGAGGCAACCUGAAACCCAGACUCUUCUCAGAAUAGGAUGGGGGAAAUUCCGAAGUUCUCAUCAAACACAUUUAUCCCUCAAGCUUUGAGAGGAGCCAAAAUGCCAAAAGCUUGAAUCCCAAAGCACUGCCCACACUGGUGUGAUAUCCUGAUAAAUGUCUAACAAAUUCAGCAUGUGUCCCCUGGGCUUGAACAUUUGCUGGGCAAAGUUCCAGAAUAGUGAGACAUCUUGGGAUUCAUCCGGCUUAGGAAAGACCUUUAACUACCGGCUGUCACCUUACUGUUCUUCAUAUAGUCAAGUCUUGAGGUCUUUUCACUGUGGGCUGUUCUGAUGGAGGGCCCCCACCAACGUGAAGCAGAAGGAUGACCUUGUCCUGUAGGCCAGACAACUGUGAAGGGAGCUGUGUGUGUCCAAGUCUGUGGGAAGAGAGAGCCACCUAGAAUGUCCCCGCCAAACCAGUCCCUGGAAGGCCUUCUCCAGGAGGCCUCCAACAGAUCCCUGAAUGCUACGGAAACCCCAGAGGCUUGGGGUCCAGGGACACUCCAGGCCCUCAAGAUCUCUCUGGCUCUGCUCCUUUCCAUCAUCACGAUGGCCACAGCCCUCUCCAAUGCCUUUGUGCUCACCACCAUCUUCCUCACCAGGAAGCUCCACACCCCAGCUAACUAUCUCAUCGGCUCCCUGGCCAUGACUGACCUCUUAGUCUCCAUCUUGGUCAUGCCCAUCAGCAUCGCCUACACCACCACCCGCACCUGGAGCUUUGGCCAAAUCCUGUGUGACAUCUGGCUGUCUUCUGACAUCACAUGCUGCACGGCCUCCAUCCUGCAUCUCUGUGUCAUUGCUCUGGACAGGUACUGGGCCAUCACGGAUGCCCUGGAGUAUAGUAAACGCCGCACAGCGGGCCGGGCAGCUGCCAUGAUUGCCACUGUGUGGGUCAUCUCCAUCUGCAUCUCCAUCCCGCCACUCUUCUGGCGACAGGCCAAAGCUCACGAAGAGAUGUCAGACUGCCUGGUGAACACGUCUCAGAUCUCCUACACCAUCUACUCCACCUGCGGGGCCUUCUACAUCCCGUCUGUACUGCUCGUCAUCCUCUACGGCCGCAUCUACGUGGCCGCCCGGAACCGCAUCCUGAAUACGCCUUCGCUCUACGGGAAGCGCUUCACCACGGCCCACCUCAUCACGGGCUCUGCGGGGUCCUCGCUCUGCUCGCUCAGCCCCAGCCUCCACGAGGGGCACCCCCAUACUGCCGGCUCCGCUCUCUUUUUCAACCACGUGAAAAUCAAGCUGGCCGAUAGUGUCCUGGAGCGCAAGAGGAUUUCCGCUGCUCGAGAAAGGAAAGCCACCAAGACGCUGGGGAUCAUCCUGGGGGCCUUCAUCAUCUGUUGGCUGCCCUUCUUUGUCGCAUCUCUGGUCCUCCCCAUCUGCCGGGACUCCUGCUGGCUCCACCCAGCCCUCUUUGACUUCUUCACCUGGCUUGGCUAUCUCAACUCCCUUAUCAAUCCAAUAAUAUAUACUGUGUUUAAUGAAGAGUUUCGACAAGCCUUUCAGAAAGUUGUCCAUUUCCGGAAAGCCUCCUAGUCUUAUUUGCUGGUGACUCCUAUUAUCUGUUGUGUCCUGUAACCCAACUGGAAUUGUCUUGUUUAUUUUUCCUGAGAUUUGGGUCAAUCCUGGUAUGUCGGGUUUUGGUUCGACGGAUAGACUGGCCCAGCGUUCUUCCUGUUGUCUUCUUGACUUCUGUGCUGCCCAAAGUGGAGCAGCUUUGUGAAGGGUGACAAGACUGAAGAUUCCACUUAGCAUACUAUUUUCACGGCUCAUCCAUGUUGGGAGAAAUGUGAUCCACAGGGUUCCCUGUUGAUUCAAUUCAGAUGCAAAGCUGUCCAAUUCUGCAGAGAGACCCUAGGCUCAAAUGGGAGGCUUUCUGGUCUACCUAAGUUUUGUACGGAGCUCAAAGGAGAAGGGUAUGUGAGGUUAAUGACCUGAGCUGAAAGAGAAUUGGAGUCAGGAUGGAGGGCUCUCCAUUCCAUGUGGCACCUUAAUUACAAAAUAACACGCAGAUCAACUGCCCCCCUAUCCUUUCCCUUUCCCCAGUAUCUUUGCACCACCUUAACGUUCUACUCCAUACCCUUCCUCCUUCCCCUGUAUCUCUGCACCGCCUUAAUAUUCCGAAGUUAAAACCCACGAUCACCUUCAAUGACAUAGAUUGACAGGCUUUGGACCCACCAAGCUUUGUGUGGGACACCAUUCUGAAUUUUGUUUCAUGAUUUUUUUUUUUAAUAUCCUGUUCUCAUCAGAGAUCUUAAGAUGUUGAGUCUUGACAAAUAAAAAGCAUGAGACGUCAUGGUCAGUGAGGUCUUUGGGUAUUCCCACCCCUCCCUGGAUGAACCUUUCAAUCCACUUCAGUCUCCAGCAUUUACUGAGCACCCACCGCAGGCCCGGCCCCGUACUGGAGUCCUGGCAUCUCGUCUCUCACUGGAGGCUCGUUACAAUGAAAGCCAGUCUUGUGAUGGUUAAAGCUGAGCACCUGAGGCCUCAGUUCAAAUUCAAGUACUACCAAAUUCUAGCUGGGUGGCCUAGGGCAAGUUUUUGAAGCCUCCUUUGCCUCACUCUCUUCAACUGUAAAAUGGGGAUAAUAAUAGGUAUGUUAUUGUGUAAAAACACUAGCCGCUGUUUAAGGAGUGCGUACAGUGUUCCUUGUGCACAUUUUCUUGUUUGCCCU